AUGAGAACCCCCAUCCUCCUUAGCGCCCACCGCGCUGCUGCUCACUACCGCCCACUCGGCCUCACAAAAUCUCAUCAUGCCGCCUUGUCCAACUCAACUCUCAUAGCUCACUCACGUCUUCACUUCCAACACCGAUUUAACUCCUCCUCCUCCUCCUCCUCCUCCUCCUCCUCCUCCCAACCCCCCCUCCCGCUCAACCUCACCCCGCUAGACAUCCAAUAUAACAAAACCCUCAACCCACCCCCCACCACCCGUCCCCCCCCUUUUUCCAUCCCCGAAAACAACCCCUCCCUCUCCCUCCCACGGAACCUCCUCGCCAAAGGCAAGGCCAUCCUGACGUUUUACAAAACCGGCCUCAAAUCCAUCCUCGUGAACCGCCGCCUCUGCUACACGCCCCUCGACUCUUUGCCUGAGCCGCUCAAGCAGUUGAAACCCUACCCCGACACGCGCGCGGCGCUGAUACUGAAGUCCCGGUUAAGGCAUGAUUUGGGGAGGCUGAUACCCCUUUCGUUGAUAUUGCUUGUCUGCGCCGAGUUCACGCCUGUGGUUAUACUGGGGGCGCCGAAUUUGAAGGUCACACCGUUAACGUGUCGGAUGCCGAGGGAGGUUGAGGCGAUUAGGGAGAGGGAUAGAGUUGUGAGGAAACGGGCGAGGGAGCUGUACGGGAAGGGGGAGGGGGAGGUGGAUGUGGUUGUUGGGGAGGUGCUGAGAGUGGGGAGGCCGAGGUUUGUGCCGGAGUGGAUUUAUCCGGGCGUGAUGAGGAAGGGGAAACUGGAGAGAAGGCUGGCGUGGAUUGUGGCGGAUGAUGCGAUGAUUGUGCAAGGCGGGGGGGAGGGGGAGUUGGUGGUGGAAGAGGUGAGGGUGGCGUUGGAGGAGAGGGGGGUUGAUGUGCUGGGGAAGGGGGAGGAGGAGCUGAGGGGGUUGUUGAGGAAGUGGUUGGAGAUCACGGGGCAGGUGGAGGAUUUGGAUGUGAGGAGGGAGGUGGUCAAGGGGAUGGUAGUGCAGGGCGAGGAGAGGUGGCGGAGGUGGGAGAGGUGGGAGGAGAGUAAAUUGACGCUGGAGGGUUAG